AUGAGCAGCAAACCUAGGGAAGCCGGGUGGGCACUGGAUGGGCUCGGGCUACAGGAGAUGGAGCAUUCUACUGGCUACGGAAGUUUGGAACAACUCCUGAACAAGAAAGUCAGGCCUGGCCUGGCGAAGAAAUUCCUCGAGCGGUAUGUAGAAACAGUGCCACGAAUCUGCAGAUGGCAGCGACUAGAAUGGCAUUGGCACGCAGUGGCGUCUUGGCUGAAGCUUCCGCUGUGGUGCAGAUGCCCCGGUGUUGGUGGAUGCCCAGGAUCGCCAAGUGGGGGACCUGUGGAGCAGGUGCAUCCACCCAGCGAACUGGUGCUACAACAAGCUCGAGAGCCAUCUGCGGACAGGGGGAAUCUUGCUGAGCCGUUGCUCUCGAAGACCGAAGAGCAAGCUCCUCCUGAGGGUGUGUGGCAACGACUCCUGGGCGCAGAAGCUCAACAGGAUGAGGACAAGCCUGUGAGACGGGCCAUUGUAGCAGUGCAGCCAAAGACAUUGUACUCAAAUGAGAGAACAUUCUUGGAAUGGAUCCAUUUUGCCACAAUCUUGGCUGCAUCCGGCAUUUUGAUGUUGCAUGCUACUCAAGAGGCUGGACAUGUGAUGAUUGGCCGGCUGAUGGUGUUGGCUUCUAUUUUCUUGGUGGUUUGGUCAAUGCAUGUGUUCAACUGGCGUGCCGAUGGUCUAGAUUUCAAGGUCGACAUGAGCUAUGAGGACCAUGUUGGGCCGCUGGCGCUGAUUGGCAGCAUUCUGGGAGCUUUGAUUCUUUCUGGUUUGCAUGCCGCCUACUCCGUUGAAUAG